AUGGUGUCCCUCCCGCCCACACCCCUGACCGUGGACACGGCGUUGCGUCUCGUCCGCGAAUGCCGGCCCCAGGUCGAACCCAACUCGGGCUUCAUCAAACAACUGCGCAUGUACGAGGCAAUGAACUGCCCCUCCACCCAGGAAGAGCUCGAGUCGCACAAGAUCUACCGUCGAUGGAUGAACUCGCGACAAGUCAUGGACGCUCUGAGUGGUAACCGCGCUCCCGAAAUGGAGCAUAUAUCCUUUCGGGACGAAGAGGACGAGGACGAGGAUCCGUCCCGGGCCAACCGCACAGAUAAUCUGAGCCUGUCCGACAGGGUCGAGGCUCUCGACCUCUCUAACCCCGAGCAUGACUCACCGACGGAAAUCAGGAACCCGGACAUAACCCUCUCGUCGCCCUCGCCGGCGCCCGCGGCCCCGCCAAACCUCGAGAUCAAAUGCCGCAAAUGCCGCCGUCUGUUGGCAAAAUCGACUUUUAUCCUUCCGCACAAGCCGCCCCCGCACCGAGACCCAUCUGCCACCCAGGGAGAGGACCCGUGUGCCCACAUAUUUCUCCAUCCACUGUCGUGGAUGAGGCCGACCUUGUCGCAGGGCGAGUUGGACGGACGCCUCGUCUGUCCGACCCAGUGGUGCGGGGCGAAUAUUGGGAAAUUUGCAUGGCAGGGGUUGCGGUGUAGCUGUGGGGGAUGGGUGACGCCGGGCUUCGGACUCGCAAAGGCAAAGGUUGACGAGAUGCGUGUCAGUGGGAAGAAGAGAGGGUCAGACUCAGGUAAGGGAGUGGACUCCAGUAGGAAACAAGCCUUCGUCAGUGGAGUGCGGUUCCCGCCUGGGAUGAAGAGAGGAGGCAGUAACGGAAAUCUGUAA